UUUGGCAGGUGUUGUCGUCUGUCUAAUGCUGUGAACUGUGACACUUGGUGUCACCUAACCUAACAUAUUAUGCUGUUUCGUUUUGUAAAACUGAAAGUUUCGAAAUAAAUGACAUCAGGCAUAGUUUUACUAAUAAUUAAGUGUUAAUCAAAUUGCAAAUAAAUAAGAUAAACCAUGACCGAAGAACAGAUCAGUGAGUUGUCCAUUAAUGAGGAUGAUGAUGUAGUGGAUCCGUGGAAUGUAGCCGGGAAGUCACAAACUGGAAUUGAUUAUGAUAAAUUAAUCAAAAGAUUUGGAAGUCAAAAGAUAGAUGAAGAGGUCAUUACAAGGUUUGAGAAAGUUACAGGAAAGAAAGCUCAUCACUUUAUUAGGAGGGGCAUAUUUUUCUCACACAGAGAUAUUUACAGUAUUUUGAAUCUAGUAGAGGCGGGAAAGAAGUUUUAUUUGUAUACUGGCCGGGGUCCCUCAUCAGAUAGUAUGCACAUUGGGCAUAUGAUACCCUUUAUGUUCACAAAAUGGUUGCAAGAAGUAUUUGACGUUCCUCUAAUCAUCCAACUAACGGAUGAUGAAAAAGCGAUGUGGAAGGAUAUAAAAGUCGAGGACGCCCGGCAAAUGGCGUUCAGCAAUGCGAAGGACAUCAUAGCGGUGGGUUUCGACCCCGCUAACACUUUUAUCUUUAACGAUCUGGAUUUUAUUGGACAAUGCCCAGCAUUCUACCAGAACAUGGUUCGGAUACAAAAGUGCGUGACUUUCAACCAAGUAAAAGGGAUUUUCGGUUUCGGAGACUCUGACGUCAUUGGGAAAAUCACUUUUCCGUCCAUAGAGGCCGCGCCCGCUUUUUCCACUACAUUUCCUUUUAUAUUCGACAAUAAAAUUGUACCAUGUCUAGUUCCCUGCGCAAUCGAUCAAGAUCCGUACUUCAGGAUGACGCGUGACGUGGCCGCGCGGCUCAAAAUGCCCAAGCCAGCGUUGCUGCACUCUACAUUCCUGCCAGCGUUGCAAGGAGCACAGCACAAAAUGUCCGCCAGUGAUCCCAACGCCUCGAUAUUCCUCAGUGACACACCAAAACAGAUAAAAAAUAAGAUAAAUAAAUACGCAUUCUCGGGCGGUCAGGCCACAGUUGAAGAGCACAGAGAAAAGGGUGGCAACACCGAAGUGGAUAUCUCUUUCAAGUAUUUAACGUUCUUCUUAGAAGAUGACGAUAGAUUAGCAGAAAUAAAGAAGAUGUAUGAAUCCGGCGAGUUGCUCACGGGAGAACUGAAGAAGAUGGCGAUAGAUACAAUAACGCCCAUCAUCCAGGACUAUCAGGCGAGAAGAAGCAAGGUCACUGAUGACGUCAUGCAACAGUACUUCGCUAUAAGAAAAUUGAACUUCUAGUUAUGUUACAAUUCAACUAUUAGGAUCUUAUUAAACUGAGGCGAAUCUAGAAUGGGACGCGGCAAGAUAUUUUGAGUAAUUCGCUCGCUAGCUUAGCCUCUCAAACUGACCCGACUUUCCGCGUAUUAUUCUUCCUAAUUCAAUGAGCGAACAUCAUAUGUCCUAAUUUUUAAAUAUUAACGUUUUUUUUUU